AUGGAGGCGCACGGCGACCAGCGGUGGCUGGUGGAGUGCCUGACGGCCACGCUCGACACCGCGCGCGACGUCCGCGCCUUCGCCGAGGAGUCGCUCCGCCAGGCCUCGCUUCUCCCUGGAUAUGGAGCUGCCCUUACAAAAGUCACAAUCAACAAAGAGAUCCCAUUUGGUUUACGUCAGAUAUCCUUCCAGCCAUUUAUUUACAUUGUUUUUUUAUCAAAAUGUUGUGUUCAAUGCUGUAUUAUUUUCAGAUUUCUUUUUUUCAUGAGUUGGACUAGCUUUUGCUUUUUUUGUUGUUCCUUUACAACUUGCUACCUUGCUGCUGUCUUGCUAAAGCAGUUCAUCAAGCAGCAUUGGCAGGAAGAUGAAGAGAAUUUUGUGCCUCCUGUUGUUUCUGCUUCAGAAAAGGUGGUCAUACGGCAGCUCCUGCUUACCUCAUUGGAUGAUUCUAAUGGGAAAAUUCGCACUGCUAUUAGCAUGGCUGUAGCAGCUAUUGGACAGCAAGAUUGGCCUGAAGACUGGCCUGAGUUACUUCCAGUUCUCUUAAAGUUAAUUGGCGAUCAAAGCAAUGGGAAUGGAGUUCGUGGAGCAUUAAGAUGCCUAGCCCUUCUAUCGGAUGAUCUAGAUGAUACUUGUGUUCCAAAGCUAGUGCCAGAGCUAUUCCCAUCACUGUAUAGAAUAAUAUCAUCUCCUCAUCUGUAUGAAAAUUCUCUUCGCGCAAAGGCUUUUGCAAUAGUCCAUUCAUGUAUUUCCAUGCUUGGAUCAAUGAGUGGUGUCUACAAGAGAGAUACAGCUAGUUUGGUGUCUUCGAUGCUUGAUCCACUAAUAGAGCAAUUCUCCAUAGUUCUAAAUUCCCCAGUGCAGUCCCAAAAUCCUGAUGACUGGAGCAUGCAGAUGGAGGUGCUCAAAUGUUUACUUCAGCUUGUCCAGAACUUUCCUAGACUGCCUGAAGCUAAAAUUUCUGCCAUUCUUCCCGCACUGUGGCAGACAUUUGUUUCGUCGUUCAAGACCUAUCACCUGUCAUACAUUCAAGGUGCAGGAGAUUUGGAUUCUGUUAGUUAUGAUUCUGAUGGCAGUGAAAGAAGUCUUGAGUCCUUCGAGAUUCAGUUAUUUGAGCUAUGGACAACAAUUGUGGGGAAUUCUAGAUUAGCAAAGGUCAUUGGGGGGAACAUUAAGGAGCUAGCAUACUAUACUAUAGCCUUGCAACAGAUAACUGAAGAACAGGUGCAAAGCUGGUCACGUGAUGCUAACCAGUAUGUAGCUGAUGAGGAUGACCUAACUUACAGCUGCCGUGUGUCUGGGUCUCUUUUGCUGGAAGAGAUAGUAACGGCUUAUGAAGAUUAUGGAAUUGACUCAAUUUUGGAAGCUUCACAAAUGCGUUUUCAUGAAUCACGAGAAUUGAAGGAAGCGGGUUCUGCUGACUGGUGGAGAAUGCAUGAAGCGUCACUUUUUGCUCUAGGUUCACUGUCAGAACAGUUGUCUGAAGCACAGGAUUCUGGUUUGACAAAAUACAAUGUGCGGGAUUUACUUGAGCAAAUGCUAAUUGACAUUAUGGGAACAGGGGUGCAUCAGUACCCAUUUCUCCAUGCGCGUGCAUUUUCUAACGUGGCUAAGUUUUCUUCAGUGAUAAGUAAAGGGAUCAGUGAACAAUAUCUAUGCAAUGCGGCUCAUGCGAUUGCCUCAGAUGUGCCGCCCCCAGUUAAAGUUGGUGCUUGUAGGGCACUAGCCCAGCUUUUACCAGAAUCUAAUGAGAAUCUGAUUCAGCCAAACAUUAUGGGCAUACUCUCAUCUCUUGUUGAUCUUCUGCGGCAGGCAUCUGAUGAAACAUUGCAUCUUGUUCUAGAAACCCUGCAAUCAGCAAUCAAAUCUGGUGGAGAACAAUCAACUUUAAUUGAGCCUGUCAUUUCCCCCAUCAUGCUGGAUGUUUGGGCACAACACAUUGCUGACCCGUUCAUCAGCAUUGAUGCUGUCGAAGUGUUAGAGGCCAUCAAGAAUGCUCCUGGAUGCUUACAGCCGCUUGUGUCUCGAAUCCUCCCAACAAUUGGAUCCAUUUUAGCGAAACCCAAGGUCCAGCCAGAUGGACUGGUUGCAGGUUCACUGGACCUUUUGACGAUGGUACUCAAAAAUGCUCCAGCUGCUGUGGUUAAAGCAGUCUUCGAUACAUGCUUUGUUUCUACUGUUCAAAUCGUUCUUGAAAGUGAUGACCAUGGAGAGAUGCAGAAUGCGACAGAAUGCUUGGCAGCAUUCAUAUCAGGUGGCCGGCAGGAGUUGCUUGUCUGGGGUGGUGAACAAGGACACACACUCAAGAUGCUACUUGAUGCAGCUUCAAGGCUUUUAGAUCCAGCGUUAGAAAGUUCAGUAUCACUCUUUGUUGGAAGUUUUGUCUUACAACUCAUUUUACAAAUACCUCUACACCUGUCUCCCCACAUACCGGAUCUUAUUGCUGCUAUUGUGAGACGUAUGCAAACAAGCAGCAUCACAGGAUUGAAAAGCUCGCUUAUUGUUAUAAUAGCCAGAUUAGUACAUAUGAGUGCACCAAAUGUUGAUGGGUUCAUCAAUCUAUUGCUUUCUAUCCCGGCACAGGGGUAUGACAAUUCACUUGUUUAUAUUAUGUCAGAAUGGUCACAACUACAAGGUGAAAUUCAGGGAGCCUACCAGAUAAAGGUAACAACAACUGCAUUAGCUCUUCUCAUAUCAACUCGUCAUCCUGAGCUAUCCAAGGUUGAAGUUCAAGGGCAUCUUAUUAAGACUAGUGCAGGUAUAACGACACGUUCAAGAGCUCGAGUGACUCCUGAUCAAUGGACCAAGAUUCCACUCCCAGCUAAGAUCUGCUCAUUGUUAGCAGAUACUUUAGCUGAAAUUCUGGAACAAAUUGGUGCUGGUGAUGACGAUGACUGCGAAGAGGAUAGUGACUGGGAAGAAGUGCAGAAUGGUGACGCUAGUAUAUCAGAUGAUAUCAUACACUCAGCAUCUGUUCCUUCAAUCGCUAAUCCAUCAGUUGAACAUUUAAAUGCAAUGGCAAAAGUUUUUGAUGAGGAUGAUGAUGAUAGUUAUGACGAUGAUCUGACAAAAACUGACCCUCUUAAUGAGGUGAAGUUAGCGGACUUCCUGACAAACGUCUUUGCCAACUUGUGGGAGAAUGAUCGACCAAUGUUUGAAUAUCUUUGCCAGGGCCUAUCGGAUUCACAGAGGUCAGCUGUUGAAAAGGUUUUGAGGAGGUGA